CCAAAGGUCCCCGCGCCCACUCCUCAAGACACCCAUGGCCCUGCUGCAGGGGGCUGCACCCAGUCCCUGGAGGGUCCCAGCACGCCGCAGGGUCCCAGGAAGAAGAAGAGCCGCAAGCACCAGCGGUUCAUGGAGCGCCGAGCACUGCUGGAGCAGAAGGGGCUGCUGAGCCCCCGCCAGCACCUGGGCAGCCAGACCCCUGCGGUGGAGCUGGAGCCACCCAGCACGCUCACCAAGGCGGUUGGCACCAUGGCAUCGUGCUGUGGGAAGGUCCCCAAGCCCAAACGGGUUGUCUCCCCAUCCCUGUCGCCAUCCGCCUCUCCGGACAGCAUAGCCAGGCAUCACUCCGUGGGGAAUGGCAGCUCCCAGGGGGUGCGGGUGUCCUUCCCAGUCCUGCGCCCUGGCAAGUAUGUGGCCAUCGACUGCGAGAUGGUGGGCACGGGCCCUCAGGGCAGGCUGAGUGAGCUGGCGCGGUGCUCUGUGGUGAGCUACGAGGGGGAUGUCAUCUACGACAAGUACGUCAAGCCUGAGCUGCCCAUUGUGGACUACCGGACACGCUGGAGUGGCAUCACCAAGCAGCACAUGAAGAAUGCGAUUCCCUUCAAGGCUGCCCAGGCAGAGAUCCUGAAGAUCCUGAAAGACAAGAUUGUGGUAGGACACGCCAUCCACAACGACUUCCAAGCGCUGAAGUACUUCCACCCAAAAGACAGGACCCGAGACACCAGCCGGAUCCCCAUGCUGAACCAGAGGGCAGGGCUGCCCGGCAGGGCCAGCGUCUCCCUCAAGAGCUUGGCCAGGCACCUGCUCCAGAAAAAGAUCCAGGUGGGUUGCAGAGGACACUCAUCAGUGGAGGAUGCUCGGACAGCCAUGGAGCUGUACAGGCUGGUGGAGGUGCAGUGGGAGACAGAGCUGGCUCGGAGCCUACCCCCCCGGGCCCCCAGCCCCAUCGCAGACCCCACCACAGACAGCAACCAGUACAUGGAUGACCGGUACUGGCCCACAGACCUGAUGGGGGACAGCAUGUCCUCUCCGUGUUUUGGGCCAUCCUGA